AAUCAGGAGGCCCAAAAGUAUUACGAUCAUACAGCACCGAUGCUAUUUGAUACAGUUUCAGAAUUGGGGGGUUACUUCAUAAAGCUUGGUCAACGCUUUUCGAUGUCAAGAGGAAUAAUAUCAGAGACCUACGUAGAUGCUCUGAAACCGCUCUGCGUGGACGUCCCGUCGCGACCGUUUGAAACAAUGGCUGAGGUCUUCUUGAGUUCAACUGGAAAGUCGCUAGACGACUUGUUCGAGUUUGUCGACCAUGACUCGCUCGGGUCGGCGAGCCUCGCGCAAGUACACCGAGCGGUAGUUUGCAAAGAUCAAGGUGGGACUCGUGAAGUUGUUGUCAAGAUAAUGUACCCCGAAGUGGACAAAACAUUUCUGUUGGACCUCGAUAAUGUUCUCCUUCUUUGCAAGUUU